ACGGCAGCGCGAGGCGAGGCGGGGCGCCGCCGCCGCUCCACCGGCCGAUCCGGGCCCUGCGGCUGACGCCGCGGCAGCGGCCAAUCUCUGGCGGCGCCCGGCCGGGCCGGCACCGCCCCCCGGCGGCUCCCCACAGGGACGGGUCGGAGCGGCCGCUGCCGCGGGUGCCCGGGCUGAGUCAGCGCCUCCUCCUCCGCCGAAGAUGAACAUCAUGGACUUCAAUGUGAAGAAGCUGGCGGCCGACGCGGGCACCUUCCUGAGCCGCGCCGUGCAGUUCACAGAAGAAAAGCUUGGUCAAGCAGAGAAGACUGAACUGGAUGCUCACCUGGAGAACCUUCUCAGCAAAGCAGAAUGCACAAAAUUGUGGACAGAAAAAAUAAUGAAACAAACAGAAGUAUUAUUGCAGCCAAAUCCAAAUGCCAGAAUAGAAGAAUUUGUCUAUGAGAAGCUGGACCGCAAAGCACCAAGUCGCAUGAAUAAUCCAGAGUUACUAGGCCAGUACAUGAUUGAUGCUGGGAAUGAAUUUGGCCCAGGAACAGCCUAUGGAAAUGCGCUCAUCAAGUGUGGAGAAACACAAAAGCGAAUUGGGACAGCAGACAGAGAACUAAUUCAAACUUCUGCUAUAAACUUUCUCACUCCUCUGAGAAACUUUAUUGAAGGAGACUACAAAACUAUUACUAAAGAACGUAAACUAUUACAAAAUAAAAGACUAGAUUUGGAUGCAGCAAAAACCAGAUUGAAGAAGGCAAAAGUUGCAGAAGCCCGAGCUGCACAACUAAACACCUCUCAGCCUGAAGAGAAUAACAUUAUGGUAAAUGUCUCUUACGUGCUCAACUUGCUGCAUGUAAAAUGGCUAAAGAUAUGGGCUGAGGAAGUGACAAAAUCUGAACAGGAAGUACGAAUUACUCAGAGUGAAUUUGACCGCCAAGCAGAGAUUACCAGACUUCUCCUGGAAGGAAUCAGCAGCACACACGCACAUCAUCUUCGCUGUCUGAAUGAUUUUGUUGAAGCUCAGAUGACCUAUUACGCGCAAUGUUACCAAUAUAUGUUGGAUCUCCAGAAACAACUUGGAAGCUUUCCAUCUACUUUUCUCUCUAACAACAAUCAGUCUUCUUCAACUCCUGUGCAGAGUGUUUCUAGUCCCUCAGUCUUGGCCUCGGCCUCUGCUUCAUUGCCUUCAGUAAGCAAUUCAAUAGUUACUUCAGGUAUCAGUGAACUGAAGUCAUCAAGUGGCAGCAGGAAAGCCAGAGUUCUCUAUGAUUAUGAUGCUGCAAACAGCAGUGAAUUAUCACUACUUGCAGAUGAGGUGAUAACAGUGUACAGUAUCCCUGGCAUGGAUUCAGACUGGCUGAUGGGUGAAAGGGGAAAUCAGAAAGGCAAAGUGCCUAUUACUUAUUUAGAACUGUUAAACUAAAAGGUUGGCCUGAAUAAAGACUGUCAAUUAUGGCAACACCAUAUUUAUAUACAAUUAACGUUAUGUAAGCAGGUUUAAGUGUCUUCCAUGUUAUUGUCUUGAGGGACAAAUACCAGCCAUUACAAACUGGCUUUUCUGCCAGUGUGGUUGCAUGGUAAAUACUCUAUUCAAACUUAACAUGUUUAAAGCUUUUACUUCAUGUGCCAAGAACAUGUUUCCUACAGAUUUGUUUCUACUGAAGUUUUCACUAAUACAAGCUUCUACUUUUGAGUAAUCUAGAUUGAAAGCAGGAGGCACUGUUUUCUACUGAAAUUUUUCAUUAAUGGCAAAGCUUUUCUUCACAUAAAAUAAACUUAUUGUGAACUGA